AUGUCGUCUAACAAUAAAACAAUGGUAAAAAAUAAAAAAAAUAUUUUUUCAAAUUCAAAUUCAACGAUAAAUACAAACGAACGAUCAUCGGUAUGUGGCGGAGAAGAAUAUCCUGAAUUUAUUGGUAUUGGAACGUGGACGCCAGAUUCAGAAUCAGAAGAUGGAGAUGUUAUUAAAAAUUUAAGUCCUUUAGAAACCAGUGGUGUUUUUUCCAUUGUUGACGAUGCUUUAGAUGAAUUGACCAUACUUAAGUAUAUUAUUGGUGCACCCAUCGUUAGUGCUUGGAAUAUUCAUUUUCAAUACAGACCCCCAGAAGAAAAAUUAAGGAGAAGACUUACGCCACAUAGAAUAUUUCCAGAAGUUGAUAGUAGGCCCGAUAUGACUCCGGCCAUUAAACUACAACAAGAAGAUGACAAUGAAAAUCUUGUUAGCGAAUUGAAAAGAAAUUUAAUGUACAUGAAAGAACUUGAUGCAACUGUUAAAGAAAAAAGAAGACUUGAUGAUUUGGAAGAAAAAGAAAGAGAUGAAUUUAUGUAUCAGUUACAAGAUGAAAUGGACGAAGUCAUAUUAAAAUGCGAAGUAGAAGAAAAAUUUGUUAACAAAUGGGAAAACUUGAAAAAACGUACGGAAGAAAUGAAAGAAUGGAUACAUUUUAGAGAUUUAAGAAAACAAAGAAUUUCAGCUUCACUCAUGAUUCAGGUACACACUAUUAUUGAAUUUUAUCACUGA